GCCACUGACCAGUCGGGUUCUCCUUCCCCGUCCCGUUUCAUCGCCCAUCCAUAUCUCCAGUGCUUGGAGCUUCCCCCGAUCUUCCCUUCUUGCUCAUUGUUAUUUGUAUCAACCCAUCGUCAACAACCUUCACUCUCAACUCUUCCAUCCAAUCUUUUCUUUCCCCAAACCGUCCAUCAUCAUCACCAUCGCCAUCAUAGUCAUCGUCAAUUCUGGUAGUUCGUUGAUAACUCGCUUGCUACCACCAUGAGAGUAGCUAGCUCCGCCCUGCUGCUAGGCGCCAGUUCGGCUGCCUUUGCGCAAGAACAGAAGGUCCUUGGUGGCAUCGGCGAUGCUGUCAAGAAGCCCUUCGACCACAUCGGCAGUGCCUUUGGGGAGAUGCCAGCUGCUGCUAAGGGACUCUGGGAUGAAAUGAGCCUCCUGGUCCCUGGCUUCUACGAAAAGGCCUCUAACCUUAUCUCCUACCCCAAGCCUCAUUCUCGCCGCCCGGACAAGGAAUGGGACCAUGUCGUCAAGGGUGCCGAUGUCCAAAGCAUGUGGGUUGAGACGGAUGGUGUCAAGCACCGAAAGGUCGAUGGUUCUCUUGAGGCCUACAACCUCCGAGCGAAGAAUGUCGACCCUUCCGAACUCGGCGUAGACAAGGUGAAGCAGUUCAGCGGAUACCUUGAUGACGAAGCUAAUGACAAGCACCUGUUCUACUGGUUCUUUGAAUCUCGAAACAACCCCAAGACCGACCCCGUCGUACUAUGGUUGAACGGCGGCCCAGGUUGCUCUUCCAUGAUGGGUCUCUUCAUGGAACUUGGACCGUCCAGCGUCAAUAAGGAUGGCUCGCUCAAGUACAACGACUACUCGUGGAACAGCAACGCGUCUGUUAUCUUCAUUGACCAACCCGUCAACACCGGCUACUCAUACAGUAGCAACCCCGUCUACAACACCGUCGCCGCAAGCAAGGACAUCUACGCCCUCUUGACCUUGUUCUUCCACAACUUCCCCGAAUACAGUGAGCAGCCAUUCCACAUCGCUGGUGAAUCAUAUGCUGGCCACUACAUCCCCGUUUUCGCCUCCGAGAUCUUGUCGCAUAAGAACCGCAACAUCAACCUACAAAGCAUUGCCAUCGGUAACGGCUUGACCGACCCUUACACUCAAUAUGCCGAGUACCGCCCCAUGGCCUGUGGUGAAGGUGGCUACAAGGCAGUGCUUGACGAGAGCGAGUGUCAGUCGAUGGACAAUGCUCUUCCCCGUUGCCAAUCUCUGAUCUCGAGCUGCUACGACUCUGAGAGCGUUUGGUCUUGCGUUCCUAGCGCCAUUUACUGUAACAAUGCCAUGAUUGGUCCCUUCCAGCGCACUGGAUAUAAUGUCUACGAUAUCCGUGAGAAGUGCCAGGACCAGGAGAACCUUUGCUACACCGAGACUGCCUGGAUCAGCCAGUACCUGAACCAGGACAAGGUCAUCAAGGCCGUCGGCGCCGAGGUGCAAAACUACGAGAGCUGCAACACUGACAUCAACAGGAACUUUUUGUUCCAGGGUGAUUGGUCUAAGCCGUUCCACCGCCUUGUCCCUGACAUCAUCAAGCAGAUCCCUGUCCUUAUCUACGCUGGUGAUGCCGACUACAUCUGCAACUGGCUUGGCAACAAGGCUUGGUCGGAGGCGCUUGAGUGGUCUGGCAAGAAGGGCUUCAACGCUGCCGAUAUGAAGGAUCUCUCAACCGGCUCUGACAAGUACGGAGAGGUCAAGAGCAGCGGCAACUUCACCUUCGCACGUAUCUACCAGGCAGGCCACAUGGUUCCAUUCAACCAACCUGAGGGUUCUUUGGACCUGUUCAACAGAUGGCUUGGAGGUGAAUGGUAUGCUUGAAGGAUGAUGAUUUAAGUCAUGUGUGAUUAUUGUAUUACGAAACACAAUGAUUAGGUUACGGCGAACAAUAUGUUAGAUUGCAUUUGUUUAACGGAG